AGUUCUACAAUUUUAAAUACCUUCAAUUGCUCUGAAACAUACAGUUUUAAUGGAUACUAAAGUCAUGACCAACGCUUCAGCAAUCAAAUGCAGAAAAUGUGGCAGUAUUAUUUUGCUUCCUAAUACCUCAGUGUGGACUGAAUUGACAGAAGGAAUCUAUCUACCGUCUUUGAAAAAAGAAGAAGAAACAGGCGUGACAGAAUAUGUAUUUUGGACUGUUUCGGACAUGUUUACAUUUGAAAAUGUGGGAUUUUGUAACACAGUUAAUAACAUAAAGUAUCUGGCUUGUGCUGAUUGCGAAAUUGGACCCAUUGGUGCUCAUUUUAUUAACGAUAAAACUAAAUUUUAUGUUUCUCCUAAUCGUGUUACUAUGCUUGAAGUUCGAAAAGCGGGAAAAGGAGCAAAAGAUUGAUUCUUGUAGCUUACAAACUGUUACCGCUAAUCUUUCAGCUAGUGACCAGUGAAAAUUUUGGUUUCUAAAUAUUCCUUAUGCCACUCUGAUACUCACUGUAUAAAACAAAAUUUUAAAACUAGUUUUUGGCACGAAUGUCCCAGUUUUUCUAAAAAAAUUAGACAGCAGGUAUCAGUGAUGCUAGGCAAACAUUUUGGACCAAAAAUUUUACUGGUCACCAGCUAAGGAUAAAUCCUGUCAUUGUAUAAUGUGUUUGAUCUGAUGAUAAAUAUCACCUUAACUAAAUUGAACUAUUUUAUGUAUUGCCACUUAAGUGACUUUGCAUGAAAUGAAUGCUAAGUUCUAAUUUACCUUGAUUAAAGUACCACAGUAAAACAAUUUAACUGUUUUUGUAAAAUGAAUAAUUGUCAUUCCAUAAGCUCAGCUUUUUCACUGAAUGAAGAACCAUAUAUUAGUAAAGGCAAUUAACACUGUUUUGAUCAUAUAAGUCAUGCCAGAGAUUUAUGUCAUAGUUGGUCUAUUACCCAAAUGACAACUAUUUUAUAUAAGUUUUCAAUUGAAAUAUGCUAUGUUGUGGGGUCCCUUUAAUUAGUGCAUAUCCACUUUGUUCACUAUGUCCGCUAUGUUCACUAUGUCUGCUAUGUCCACAAUAUUAACUACUGGACAUAGCGGAUUUGCACUAAUUAAAGGGACCGCUACGUUGUGUAAAAGAAGCAUGCAUCGUGCACUGUCAAAAUAUCUUCAUUGUUGUAUUUGUGUUAAAUUUAAAUGCAUUUGAUUCUCAUAUUGUAGCUUGUAUGUGCCAAGCUGUAUGUACUAAUGCUUCACUAUUACAUGUCUAUUAAAUCUAAACAACACUGAAACUAUUAUUUAUUUCACACUUUAUUGUUUCUCCCUAAAGUUCUUGAUUCUUCCUAAAUGUAAACACGUAAUAACCAAAUUUUUAAUCCGCUAAAAAUUUACUGAAUUUUUUUGUUUCCGUCCUUGCAGAAAUAGAAUAUUUAUAAAAACUGCAGGAAUAAAAUAAAAUAUUUAAAAAUCUGUUAAAAUGAAAGAGCUUGAAAUGGAAGUUGUAAUGACUUGUCAACCACCACCGAAUUCUGAAGAUAAAGAAAAUGCAAAAGACAAUGAAGAAACAGAAAUUUUAACAAUGGACGUCCAGCCUUUUGUGCCGCAAGAUACUCCAGCUACUUCAACCAACCAUGGUGUAUGUGGUUUAUACAAUCUAGGAAAUACUUGUUACAUGAACAGCACAUUACAAUGCCUAUUACACAAUUCUCAACUAAUGGAACAAAUGUCAUUGAAAUCUUCAAGAAAAUUCAUACUCAGUUUGCCGGCAAUGGGCAGCAUGACGGGCAGGAACUUCUUGCUUUAUUUUUGGAGUCUUUACAUCAAGAAAUAAAAGGAAGUACUCCCAUUGCUCCAACAUUAUCUGUGGUUUCAGAUGAAACUGUGAAACGAAAACGAACUAAAAGCACCGAAAGUCUUGAUGAUGGGCGACCAAAUAAUAAACGAAUGGAUAUCGUUGCCACCAACGGCCACCAUACCAACCUAUUAACCAUCAAUUCUUUCUUUGGUAAAGAGAAGAAGACGGCAAAUGUGAAUGUUCUAAGCAGUGAAGUAGAAUGUGAUGAAGAAGCCACCACGGAUCAUAGCAACAAGUUUCCACAAACUGUAUGCUCCAGACUUAACAAUGGUCAACUUAUGGGAGAUACUGAAAUCACAAGCCCAGUCCCUCAGCAGAAGAAACCAAUGGACCAAACCAACUCCCAAGACAUCACUACUGGCGUUGAAUUAAAGAAGCUGCAACUCACUAAGUACAAGCAAACAAACUUGUUAGCGGAACUCAAGCGAAUAGAUAGUGAAACUACUUCCACUCCCAACUUUGACAAGAUUUUCAAUGAUCCAGUCACGCAGUUCAAGCAGAACUGCACAAACUCUCUUCUCCCAUCUUCUACAUUUCAAUUCAAUUCAAACACACCGUACUCUGCACUGGAAACCCCUAUUUUCUACUCUGAAAUUGCUUCACCAGUAUUUACAAGCCAUUUUAUACCUCAUGAAAAUAUUCUAAACAAAAAACGGAAAAAUCAAAUUCACAUACCAUCACUACAGUCAUUUGACCAAGACACAUUAGCAGUAACAGCCUUAUCACCCCCACUGGAUUUAGCAGGGCAGCCCUUUGCACCACAAAAGCUAUACUCUCUAAGGCGUUCUAACAGCAUACCAAAUUUGUGCCAAAAUUUUCGAAAAUCGAAAAAUGUUGAUUUUUAUGAGCCUAGCUUCUGUGUUAACGGUGAGGGUGUAGAAAAUGGAUUUUCGAAUAACGAACGCAAUUUUGUUUGUGAAACUGACACCAGUUGUGGGCUACAGUCAAUAUCUGGAGACAGAGGUUUACUGCUCACAAAGUUUACCAAUAUACUUGUGGAUGAGAGUGCAGAGCCUGCAACUGGUAGUUCAACUAUCGGGGGCAACUGUUCUGAUACAAUGUCUAAUUUAAGAGAUGAUAUAUCAAGUACAAGUCCCAGCGGCGAUCAUAAUUCAAACGCUAUUGCUGAUAAAAUAUGGAACAGUUAUAUACAAGCUAACCAAUCUGUGGUAGUAGAUACUUUCCAAGGCCAACUAGAAAGCACAGUUGUCUGUUCGAAAUGUGGAUUCAAGUCUGUAACGCACGAACCAUUCAUGUAUUUGUCGUUACCAAUACCUCAUGCUCUCAACCGGUGUAUCAACGUGCAUGUCUCCCCACUUGACCACACCUCACAGCACUUCUCAGUGUACGCACCACGCCAUGGGAAAAUAUCUGACUUACAGGAACAACUGAUUAAAUCAAAUAAACCUGAACUGCAUACAACGGACUUAACCAACUUUUUAUUCUGUGAAGUGAAGGGUUAUAACAUUAUGGAAAUACUAGAGGGAAACAUGCCGCUCAAAAAUUUGAACGACAAAACCAGAAAAUUGGAGCUAAUGGAGUUUCUUAAAUUAAAAUCAGAAAAUGAUGAAAAAGCUGAAUUAUCACCCACAGCAGCAAACACUUCAUGGAAUUCUUGUUGUAUUUGUUUGGACGAGUUUUCUGAUUCAGAACUUCUUCAACACCAGCGUGAAUCUUGUCCUAUUCUUAUUUGCCCCUCAUGUUUGGAAAAUUCAGUUGAACAUUAUGGAAUAGAGAAUUUUUCUUGCCCAGUUUGCCAUACACAUUGUUAUCCAGUUACUGACUUUGUACCUCUGCCAUCAUGCAACCAGAACAGAGACGUACUGGUUACUAUCAGCUUUACAUUCCUUGAUGAAGACAAUGUUGUUCAAGUAAUUAGUGAAGCCAAGCUACUGAACACUUCAACUACUGUGUCAUGGGAUGUAUUAUAUGAAGCUAUUACAAAGCUUACCCCACCACAUCUGCAUGAAGACUUUACGUUGGUGCUUUCCACACGAGAUGGAACUUAUUGCUCCAGAUGUCAGUACCCCACCACUUGUAGGGGAUGCCCCUUACCCCAGGGUGAAAAGGUCACUUUACAGCCGGGUGACAACAUUUCUUGCAGGUUUACUGGUUCACCAAAUCAUGUCAAUAAAAAACAACCACCAGUUGCUAAAAUCAAUUCUACUGAAGAUGUGCUUACACUUGAAAAGUGCCUGAGUGCGUUUACUAAGAAUGAGAUAUUAGACGUCGACAAUCCCUGGUAUUGCCCUGCUUGCUGUGGACAUCAAGUGGCCGAAAAACGACUUCGGAUUUGUCGUUGGCCAGAUACGCUUAUAGUUUAUAUUAAACGAUUUCUCUAUCAUAGUAAAAAUGCUGUGAAAGUUGACGAUGAGGUUUUAUUUCCAAUGGAAUCCUUCAGUCCUGGUCAACUGAGUGGAACUCACCCACAUAACUUCAAAUCAUACGAUCUUACAGCUUGUAUGUCCCAUUUUGGAGGUGUAUACUCUGGUCACUAUGUGGCCCACUGCAAACACCCAGUGACUGGGAAAUGGCAUUUAUUUAACGAUGAAAAUAUAUCAGAGCAAACCCUGUCUUCCAAAGAUAGCGCUGGUGCCUAUGUUCUGUUCUACCAACAUAAGCCAUCACAUAACACUGAGCUAGUAUGAUAUUUUCCUUGUGCCAAUAAAACUUUUUUUUCUGGCUUGGUGAUGUCCAUUUCUUUACUGUAAUUUAUAUAAGCACAUAAAUUGUACUGUAGCCUUUGCAUAUAAUGUGAUCUUUUAGAAGAUUGUAUUUGCAUCUACUGUGUAGGAACUUCUGUGAUAUUGUGUUGUGAAGACUUUUUGCAAAUUAACCUCGACCUCUUGCUUUUUUUCUCCAAUCUCUGAUCAUCUGGUUACAGUAUUAAACUUUAUUCAAAUUAU